AUGGCAGCUUCGGAGAAAACUCUAACAAUUAGCAAUUGCACAACAAAUGAAGGUUGGACUGUUGUUUUACCCCGUCGCAGCAGGCAAAGAAGAAAAGCUACCAAAUCUAGUGUUUUGGAUGAAAAACAAGAGCCAUGGACUCCAACAGAUUCUCUGACUGAUCCAAGCAAAGAAGCAACGUUGGUGCAGAAAAUGGAAAGAUGUAUAAAUAAGAUUGAGAAAUCUGAAUUCUAUCAUACCUUCAGAGGUCAAAUGCAAACAUCAACUGCUGAAUACUUCAUUAGGAUUUUGGGCUCAGAGAUACAGAUGCAAAUGGUCAUUUAUGGUAUUGGAAGUAUUGAGUUGUAUGAGCCCCCUCGACUGCAGCUUAGCCUUGCAAUAUUGUUGAGAAGAGAUUUCAGUUGGAUUGGAAACAUAGAGGUAUUUGAUCCUAUUCUUUCUGCAACCGAGACUCAGGUUUUGGAAACUCUUGGUUGUUCUGUCAUGUCCAUAAACGAGCAUGGGAAGCGCGAGGCUCUAAAGCCAACAAUGUUCUUCAUGCCUCACUGCGAGGCAGAGUUAUAUAACAACCUGUUGCGAGCAAAUUGGAAAUUAAAUCUCUUGAAAAACAUAGUAUUAUUUGGUAAUAGCUUUGAAACAUACGAGCAGCAUGUGUCAUUGUGUAAGAACUCACCUAUUCUUAAUUCAAUGGGGCAUAUUUUGGCUGCUCGACGAUUCACAAAUGAAUUUAGAAUCCAAACAGUUUCAGAUGACUAUUAUAAUGCAUUCCAUGAUUCUAGUUGGCAUCUUUUCAGCCCUGUCCUUGAAACAGAGUUGCAAUUCAUCAAUUCUUGA